CCUUCACAGCAGAGGUUGGAAAUCAUCCGGACUGCUACUAGCUUUAUACUCACCACAGAAAACAGAUGAGGUAAUCUUUAAGCUGUAAAUAAUGUGCUACAAUACCCUAACGUUCAGUCCGGAGUGAGUCGGUUUAACAACAGAGGAUAAACCAGCCUUCCCCGGGUAGAGGCGAGACUUUUGAGUGUGACUGUUUUUAAUGUGUGGGGACACUAGCGUUAGCUAACGUUGCAGGCGAGCUAACGUCAAGUAUGAAUUGAACAUCAGCGGCGCUCCAGACGGCGACGUGCGCUCACGGAGAAGCAUAAAUUAGCACGAGCCCAUUACUGUAGUAUUUGCACUCGUCUGCGUCGCUGCUGCUGUGAAUCCGUCCACGUCAGGUCUGCUGUGUUUGAGCUAGGCCACGUCCCCGCGGGCGUGUUUCUCCUUCUGACAUUGGACCCAGAAGAUGCCUCCUGUACGGAAGGAGAGUGACGCGCGGCGGAAAUGUGAGAAGUGUUGAGCCCUCGUCGGGAUGUCCGCGUAGCUUUUGCGAUUCCGAUCGAUUGCCGCAUAUUCACGGUAUGUCACGUCCACUCGUGUUUUUACACCGGCUGAAUACGUGCGUUGAGGCUCAGUAGGUUUCGCUUUCAGCCUGAAAUUAUACUUUUUUUUAUUAUUAUUAUUUCUGAGAUGGUUGGUUUCGGUGCAAACCGACGAGGAGGCCGCCUCCCGUCCGUCAUUCUCAUUUUCUUGGUGGUGGUCAUCGCCGUGUUGUCUUAUAACUACUGGAUAGUGUCCAAGAGGCACGGGCGCCUGCUGGAGGAGCUGCUGGAGGCGCAUACGCAGGCGAAGCGCACGGACGACGCACGGAGCCGCCUGGAGAAGCGCAACUCGGAGCUGAUGAUGCAGGUGGAUUCCCACAAAAAACAGAUCGACCAGAGGGAAGGAGACUACAGCAUCCUGGAGAACAAACUGCAGGCCCGAGAGUUGCUUGUUAAAAAGUGCAACGACGAAAAGAUGAAGCUGCUCGGUGACGUCUCAGACCAAAUGACAGAAAUCCAGAGGCUGAAAGAACAACUGAAGGAGCUGAAGCAGGAGUUCAUAAAGCAAGAAGAGCAGCUGAAAGAAGUGAAGAAAAAUAGCACUACCCUGGAAAGAAAAUUAGAAUAUGACAGUUUACAGUGUGGACGUCAAAUCACACAACUGAAAGUCGAAUAUGAAGAAGCAAAAAAGGCCCUUGAGGAACAAGCAUCACACAAAAGACUGGUUCCUGUGGAAAACAGAAGUGGUCCAGAGACUGGUAGACAUAGAGAGAAAUUGCCUGGUGGUGGAGAAGGAGAUGCACAUGCCACUCAGCAGCAUGACGGUCGAGAUUUAAAAGAAGAAAUGGGUAAGCCUGGCAGCGAUGCUGGCAUGCCUGGUAUUGAAGACAGCGAGGUGGGGAAAACUGAAGAUAUGCAAUUUGCCUUGAAGAAACCUUCAGUCACUCGUAAUGUUGUUCCUGGCAUCAAUGUUAAACCUAAAUUUGGGAUAGCUGAUGGACCUGAGGCCCAGCGCCUGUCUUUGGACCAGCCUAAGCUCCAGCAUCACAAAAUGGAGGACAAAGUAGCAGCACCUGCAGACCAUGUCAAACAAGUCAGCAAAGCAGUUGUGUUUGAAGAAAACAACAAGAUAGAUAUCAAGGCAGAUGAAUUUGGAGAACAGCAAAGACAACUUAAAGCUCCUGAUAAUGUGAAGGAAGGUAAUGAUGGUGUGAAGGAAGAUGAUGAAAGCAUGAAGGAAGAUGAUGAAGAGAUAAAAGGGCUUCCUCUGCCCCCUAAUCCUGCACAAGUGCCCAGCCCCAUUCAGCGUCACCAGGUCAAAGACCAUGUUCGACCAGAGCCAGUGCACCAUCGACAAAGCCGGUUCUUUGACGAGAACGAGUCCCCAGUAGAUCCGCAACACGGCUCUAAGCUGGCGGACUACAAUGGGGAUGAUGGAAACGUAGGUGAGUAUGAGGCCGACAAGCAGGCUGAGCUGGCCUACAAUGAGGAAGAGGAUGGUGAUGGUGGGGAGGAAGACGUUCAAGAUGAUGACGAUCGUGAAAUGCAGGGAGAGAGACUUGCGGAUUAUGGGAAACGGCACCAAGCCAUCGACAUUCUCUGAACUUGUACAUCUACAACUGUAUUUAAAACUUUGACUCUUUCUGGGUGAAAUACAUUUUCGGUGUUUAACACUUUAUAAGGUGCAUCUUCUUUGUCAUGGACUGUCAUGGGAAAAUGACAUCGCAGCUAAGACCGUAUAUGAAUUAACAGAAUACAUGGAAAUGUUUUGAGCUGCUGCUGAUUUGCUCGUUGUAAAAUUUUGACGAUUUGGACAAAUUGACCUUUGACUUGUGUUCUUUGGAUUCUGUUUGAAAUAGUUUUUAAAAGAGCCAUGUUGACAGAUGUCUUAAUGUCAACCUGUUUUUUUGUUGGUUUUUUUUUGAGUCAGGUUUCUUUUCAGGUUACUCUUAUAAACAAACUUGUGACUUGGCUGUCAAAGGGACUGGGCAUUUGAGACUUCUGGCAUGGAUAUCCGUCCAUCUUGGAACUGCUGUGGUGACCCAGGGGAAGAAAAGGAGAAGCCGAAGGGACUUACUUUUACAGGGAUAACCUUUUUUUUUUUUUGGUGUUUAUAACUGUGCAUCACAAAUGCCAAGGACCUCCCUUGUUGCCUAUUAAAUCAAUUUGUUUUAUUUGUGAGAGGGACUCAGAAGUGGUCCUCAUCAUUAUUAUUAAUGAUGCCAUUGCAUGCAUUUU